GCCAGCCACACGUUGUGGCUGUUUGUUUGGCGUGGAUUUCGGUUGAAGCGUGCGGAAAAUUCCCAGACUAUGAAUCAAUUGCAUUGGCGACUCUGAGCCAAGCGACGCGAUGAGCAUCUACCACGACGAGGUGGAAAUCGAGGACUUCGAAUACGACGAGGAGGAGGAGAUGUACUACUAUCCCUGUCCCUGUGGCGAUCGAUUUCAGAUAUCCAAGGAGGAGCUAAUCGAGGGCGAGGAAGUGGCCACCUGUCCCAGCUGUUCCCUAAUCAUAAAAGUCAUCUACGAUCCGGAAAUGUUCAAAGCGGAGGAGGACGAGGAAACAGCACUGAAUGAGAAGCUGAGCGAAUUGAAGCUGGAAAAGAACUAAGGCAGCAGCAGAGUUGUGUAAUUAAAUAGUUUUUAUUUAUAUAUAUAUGGAUUUUCUUUUAGUGUAAAUAAUACGUUGACUAGUGGAACAGGGAAUACAAAUUAAUUCAAGC